UGAGGAGACUCAAGGUAGCUUCCGGUGGAAGUCUCAAGCCCUGAUGAGUUGACACAACCAACAAUGGCGAACGAUCGAUCCACUAAAAAACCUGCAAAAUCAAGUAUCAGCAGCAGCAAUAAUCCAAGUAAAAAAAGAAAGAAGGAGAAUUCUGCUUCAGACAAGGUUAAGAAGACGAAUGCAGUUGAGGAACCAAAAGGCUGCCACCAAUGUAAGAAGGUAAAAGACCAUGUGGUUGAAUGCACAAAGUGUCACUCCAAGAGAUACUGCGUCGCUUGCAUCACUAAAUGGUACCCCCAUGUAUCCGAAGAGGAGUUUGUUAAAGCCUGCCCUGUUUGUUGCAAUUAUUGCAAUUGCAAAGCAUGCCUGCGCCGCUUUUCACCUAAACAGGGGGGGUAUAGUUGCUCUGAACCUGAUAAAAUCAAACACUCCAAACAAAUCCUGCACAAAGUCUUACCUUUUGUCACAAAACUCAAUCAACACCAACUCAUGGAGAAGGAAAUAGAGGCUAAGCUUAAAGGCGUAACUAUAUCAGACUUACAAUUACAGGAUGCCGACUGUGAGGUUGACGAUGAUAUAUUUUGUGACAACUGUGGAGCGUAUUCCUUUGAUUUUUAUAGAAGUUGUGCAUGUGGAUAUGAUUUAUGCCUUUCGUGUUGCCGAGAGUUGCGUGAUGGCCAACUUAAGCGUAUGACCAUUGGGUGGAAAGCCCGCAUAGAUGGUAGCAUUCCUUGCCCACCGAAAGAAAUUGGUGGUUGUAAUGAUGGCACCCUUGACUUAAAACGCAUAUUGUCUGUCAAUUGGAUUGUAAAUCUUUUAGAGAAAGCACAAAGGGUAUACAAAUUCAACAACAGUUAUGAUAGUCCCCAAACUUGUAUGGAAUCCAGUGCUAGCUUUUUGUAUUCUUUGAGUGCUAAAGACAUUCAACCUCAACAUAUGCAGCAUUUCCAAUCACAUUGGUCAAAAGGUGAGCCAAUAAUAGUCAAUGAUGUUCUUUCAACUUCUUCGGGGCUAAGCUGGGAGCCAAUGGUUUUGUGGCGUGCUUUUCGUGACAUCACAAAAAGUGGCAGUCAUUCCCAUGCUUAUGAAGUGAAAGCAAUCAACUGCUUGGAUUGGAGUGAGGUGACUAUAGACCUUAGCAAAUUCACCAAGGGAUACUCUGAAGCUCAAGUUCAUAAGCAGGGGUCGCCGUUGAUUUUGAAGUUGGAAGACUGGAAACCUUCUUGCUUAUCACAAGGAGAAUGGCCACGUCAUUUUGUUGAAUUGAUUAACCGCUUGCCUUUUAAAGAUUACACUAACCCUCAUAACGGCUACCUUAAUGUGGCUACUAAGUUGCCUGAUCUAUCAUCAAAACCAGACAUGGGUCCAAAGAUGGAUAUUGCUUAUGGAGACUCCGUUACUAAGCUUCACUAUGAAAAAUCUGAUACUGUGAAUGUACUGACACAUACAAAAUCCAUUGUCAUUACAUCCACAAAGCUUAACAAGGCAAAAAAAGUGAAAGAAAAGCAUGGUGACGCAAUGGAGGGAAUCGCUCUGUGGGAUGUAUUUCAUAGGCAAGACGUAGCUAAAUUAGAGGAAUAUUUAAGAAAUCACACAGCAGAGUUUAGGCAUACCGAUUGUCUUUCAGUUGAGCAGGUUUUUCACCCUAUACAUGACCGGACUUUUUACCUGAACGUUGAACAUAAAAGGAAGCUUAAAGAGGAAUUUGGAAUCGAACCAUGGAUCUUCAAACAAAAACUCGGUGAUGCGGUUUUUAUACCAGCUGGUUGUCCUUACCAAGUUAGAAACUUGAAGUCAUGCACCAAGGUUGAACUCAACUUUAUUUCACCUGAAAGUCUUGGCGAAUGCAUCCGCUUACAAACAGAACUCCGUAUGCUUCCCAACAAUCACAGGGCCAAAGAACAAGAAUUAAACAUUGGGAAAAUGAUGAUUUAUGCAUUAGACCACGUUGUAUCGGAAUUGUCGGGAUUUAUAGAUUCAAAUGGGCCCGCUGAUGAUCUUCAAAAUCAAUUCGCACAGGAGCUCGAGAUCUUAAAUGGAGGCAAUGGUAUGGAUAUUAACAAUCACACCAAUGGCUGGGUAUGUGAUUCCGAGAGUGACGACAGUGCUUUAUCACCAUCGGUCAACCAUACAGUUAAUCACCAGUCUGCCACCAUAGAAGAUUCAGGUACAUCAGAGACGUUUCAAGGGCACGCUGUCGGACAACCAGGAAAAGAGAUAUUACAAGCUGUUAUGGACCGCUACCCGGAAACAUUUCAAGGGGUAAAAAUUGGUUCAAAACCGUACUGGCUGUCCAUUUUGGAAGAAUUGCAUGUGUUCAUCAAAGGUUUUCUAGAAGCAUCCGUGGAUGCGUUGACGGAGGACGAGAUCACUAGCCUUAAGGCGGAUUUGAAUGAGUUUGAGAGUUUGGGGUUCGAUCUGUCAUGGGCCCGUAAGAGGCUAGACAUGGUGAAAAAACUCAAAUUUGGAAAUGACCCAUUGAGACAGGAGCUGCGGGUACUAGAAGAAUCUUUAACAUUAUUACAUAAAGAGUUGGUGGAUGCAAAUGCGAGGUUGGAGAAGGCUCGGUUAGAUUAUGAUAGGGCUACAUAUGCCCGAAACAAGAAGGUAGAUGAGGUGGCACGGAAGUUUGGAGCUGAAUAUGAGGACGUAUUAAAUGGGAAGCUUGGUUUCGGUAUGCUGCCUGGACAUUAGCUUAUUAAGUGAGAGUUUUAGGUUUUGAGUAGUUUAGUGUAUUAUAUGGCAGGCAGUGAUGUUAAAAUGUGAUAUGUUGCCUUUCUUAUGUCUAAAUAUAAAAAAAAAUGUUUGGGACAUUAUUUACUUGGUGAAGAAGAAGUAUUGUUUUUAAAAAAGUAAAGGUUGCGAUGAAGGGUUAAUUGUAAGAAUGAAGUUUGGAGUUU